CAAAAUUACUAACGUACGCUGAUAUUUAUAAACAUAUAUCGUUCUAGAAUAAUACCGAGAAGGGAUAGCACGAGACACAUAUUGUAAGAGAAAUUUGACCGAAUGGAGAGGGAACUACCAUCGUACGCCGUUUCUCUCCGCGGGUAUACGCAUACAUCAGCUUUUAGAUUCGCGAGGCAGAGGAGAACGAAUUCGUAUUCCGCGCACCUUUCGAAUCGUUUGUACUCGAAUCGCAUUUGCCUCUCCUCGAGUAACUGGCCUAGAGUUCGGAAUAAAUUUCAAGCCACGAGGUCUCUUGCCUUUCUUACGUAGCUUAUACGUUGUAUUCUUGAAUCUAUGUCGUACCGAAGGAGGAGCGAGUCAAAGGAAAAAUUUCAUUUGAAAAUCGUGAGAAAAGAGUCGGGACGAAAUAUUAUCGACCUUGAUGGCAAUUGUUAAAUCGCGUGAGAACACGAUUUAAUAAAUUGCCAUAUAGAAUUCAAGUGAGCGAAUUAAUUCCAUUUCAAGCGUCUUCCACGAUCUUGUAAUUUGCGGAAAUGAAAAAAUCCACUAUUAUCAAUUACCCACUGCACGUCGCAUAAGGAAUUAUAAAAGAGAUUGAGAGAAGAAGGUAGAAGAUGAAAAUCAAGAAGAGCAAGACAAAAGACUGUAUAACGCUGAAGGACAUCGUUUGAAAGCGAAGAAAUAGAAGGAAAGGAAACGAAACGAAAAGGAAGGAAAAAUGGAAGAUAAAAGAAACGUCCGAAGAAAUCCAACAUGGUGGAAGAGACGAUCGGCUUUGGAACGUGGAUUAACGGUAAUCGCAGUGUCCGGUGUCCUCUUGUGCAUCGCCCUGGCCGUCGCGCUCGGUGUAUUGGCCGCGAAUACAGCAUCUUGCGAGCAAUCGUCGAACGUUGCCGUUAAUUCAGAGCAACUACCGUCCACAGCGGAAGCUCUAAAAGUAAUCAAAGAUACCGCCACCAUCGAUCGUCAACCAUCGGAGAAAGAAAACAUAUGCUUCUCUCCAGGAUGCGUUCACACGGCGUCCAAAGUAUUGGAGAACAUGGAUCCCGACGUUGAGCCCUGCGACGACUUUUACAAAUUCGCCUGUGGUGGUUUUCUCAAGUCCACCAUCAUUCCGGACGACAAGACUAGCGUAAAUACGUUUAGCGUUAUCAGCGAUAAUCUUCAGCAGCAACUUAGAACGAGUAUUGAGGAGAAGAGCCCGCCGAAUGAGCCACGCCCGUUCACGUUGGCCAAGAUUUUCUAUAAGAACUGUAUGAAUAAGACGGCCAUCGAAGAAAAAGGUUUAGAACCGUUGCUCGAUAUUUUGCAAAUAUUAGGCGGUUGGCCUGUACUAGAAGGUGACGCUUGGAAAGAAGAGAAUUUCAAUUGGAAGGACUCGGUUUACAAAUUCCGAACAAGGGGUUAUUCCGUCGACUACUUCCUAGAUUUUAGCAUUGGCGUGGACUUGAAGAACAGCACGAUACGUAUUAUCGACCUUGAUCAAGCGUCGCUCGGUUUGUCACGCGAGUACUUAUCCAAGGGCUUCGCUGAUAAAAUCGUCCAAGCUUAUUACAAUUACAUGGUCGAUAUCGCCGUAAUUCUUGGAGCCGACAAGGAUAGAGCCGUAACGGAACUUAGAGAUUCUCUGGAUUUCGAAAUGAAACUCGCGAAUAUAUCGUUGCCCAAUGAAAAACGACGUAACGCCACAUUGCUAUACAAUCCAAUGACCAUAAAGGAAUUAUCAAACAACUAUCCGAGCAUACCGUGGAAGGAAUAUUUUAACACGCUAUUAGCACCGACCGUUCAGGUUGAGGAAAACGAAGUGGUGAUCGUUAGCGUGCCAAGCUAUAUAAAGAGUUUGGAACAGCUCUUGAGUAGGACACCGAAAAGGGUACAAGCAAAUUAUGUCAUGUGGAGGGCGGCAGCUGCAUCGGUCAGCUAUCUUACGGAGAAUAUCAGAAAGAGGCAGCUUCAAUAUUCGACGGCUUUAAGCGGUAAAGCCGAGAGAGAGGCCAGAUGGAAGGAGUGCGUCGACAUGGUUUCCGGAAGUUUAUCCAUAAGCGUUGGCGCGAUGUACGUGAGGAAAUAUUUUAAAGAGGACGCCAAGAAAAAUGCCCUCGAAAUGGUCAACGAUAUUAGGGAAGAAUUUACCAAGAUUUUGAAAAAGGUCGAUUGGAUGGACGAAGAAACUAAAGAGAGCGCUCUGGAUAAAGCUGCAUCGAUGUCCAGUCACAUCGCUUAUCCUGACGAAUUGUUGGACGAUAAGAAACUCGAGAAAUUUUACGAGAAACUCGAAUUGACCGAAGGGAAUUAUCUCGAAAGUAUUUUGAAUCUUACGCUUUUCGGAAUAGAAUAUUCUUUCAGUAGACUUAGAAAGCCAGUUAACAAGAGUGACUGGAUAACGCACGGAAAGCCAGCGAUCGUGAAUGCGUUUUACUCGUCUAUAGAAAACAGUAUUCAAUUCCCAGCUGGCAUUCUUCAAGGGACUUUCUUUAACAAUGAUCGGCCACGAUACAUGAAUUACGGUGCUAUCGGAUUUGUCAUCGGUCACGAGAUCACGCAUGGUUUCGACGAUCAGGGCAGACAAUUCGAUAAGGAAGGAAAUCUCGUCGAUUGGUGGGCGCCAGAAACCAAAGAGAAUUACCUGGAAAGAGCAGAGUGCAUCGUUCAACAAUAUAGAAAUUACACCGUCGAAGAAGUCGGUUUGAAAUUAAAUGGCAUUAAUACGCAAGGUGAGAAUAUCGCAGACAAUGGCGGUAUCAAGGAGGCCUACUUUGCAUACAAAGAAUGGGUCAAGCGAAAUCAUCCUGAACAGAAAUUACCAGGACUUUUCUAUACGCCCGAACAAAUGUUUUGGAUAAGCGCUGCCAAUACUUGGUGCAGCAAAUAUCGGCCCGAAACCAUGAAGCUUCGCAUCACGACGGGAUUCCAUAGUCCUGGCGAAUUUCGUGUUUUGGGUCCGUUCUCGAAUAUGAAUGAAUUCUCGAAAGACUUCAAUUGCCCUGUUGGUUCCAAGAUGAAUCCUGAAAAGAAGUGUGCCGUUUGGUAGACCGCGUCGAUCGACGAAUUCCUUAUCUUAUUACCUUAGUCACAAAGAAUGCAACGACGAACGACGCGUUUUCGAUGUACAUGCAUAGCUACAUCUAUGGUACAUCGUUGAUUUGGCAGAUCGCCGAUAUGCGUCCUCAAAGGACGAAGGUUCGCUCUAAAGAUGCUUUAUACCAAUAACGACGAAGAUGUUUCGUAAAAGGGAUCAUCUUCAUUUUUUUUUAACACGGUUAAACGUCUAAACUUGAAAAUGAAAUAUAAGAAGAGUAUCUAUUCAUGUUUCUGACAAUAGUCGAAUGAUUUCUAAUCGAUUAGAUUAUAAUCGAUUAGAAUUUUAUGUGUUUUAGAUAAACCUGAUGUUUUAAACGCUACAUUUGCUAUUGUCUUUUUAUAUAUAAAAAAAAAAAGAACUAUAUCUCGUUUAUCCUACGUGUUAUGUAAAUAAAAGUGAAUGGUAGAUAUCGAGUCUUUAGCAUCUAUAGUAACGUCUAGCUGCGAGCACUGUUAAUGAUUAUUUUUUCGUUAAAUUUUACAUUUACGCAUAAAUGUCGAAGACAAUUGUUGCACGUGCGCGGUAGAUUCUAUUAAAUUUUCUAUUCUCAAUCUAUCGUUAAUAAUCCUCAUCGAUAUUCACUAUUCGAUGUUAAUAAGGGAGCACAUGUAUUGGAAUCAAAUAUGGUUUUACUUUGUAACAAUUAAUGAAUAUAUCAUUUUUAUAGGAUCAACUUCCUCUAAAAUUAGACAGUAACGCGAGACUGCUAAAAAGUUUCUGCUGAGGAAAAAAAUGUAAGAUUAAUUUUCUUAAAGAUAUUUUUUCGUAUUAAUCAAAUGGCGACAUACGUUCCAUUGGUACUUUUUUAAAUGGUAACUAUGCUCAUCAGAGAACUAUACGAUUGCUAACUAUAGUUACCGUCUCAAAGUACUUAGACUACCUAGUAUUAAUCAUAUAAUAGUUAUAUCUCGCAACCAAUAAGAAAAAUAUAUGUCCUUGCUUUUUAUAUUAUCACA